AGUGGGGGAGUGACGCAGCUCUGCUGGGGAUAGCUGGGGAUGGAGUGCUGCUGCUCAGCCGCUGUCUGCACAAAUGCUAUGACAUAAUACUACUGGUGAUAGCGCAGGCUCCGUUAUACAGAGAGCGCAUCUUUCCCAGGGAAUUCUGCAUGGUUGUCCAGCCAUCCUCCUCCCAUUCUGAUGUGUGGUGUAGCAUCUGUGGGUAGCAGUGCUCCCAUCCUGUGUGUGGACAGAGAGGAGCUCAGCUAGAGCCUCCCAGUCACUGCACACAGGACACACACAGCAGCUGCAGGACGCACUGUCACACCUAUCUGUGGCCUCACACACGUGGGGUGAAUGAGGUUGAUGUUACUGUGCUGCACCUGGAGUGAGGAACACAUGGGAGAAGAAGAAGGUAAUGAGCUGCCAGUGUGUGCUAGUUGCGGACUCAGUAUCUAUGAUGGUCGCUACCUGCAGGCUUUGGCGUCUGAUUGGCACGCAGACUGUUUCAGGUGUAGUGACUGUGGAGUGUCUCUGUCCCAUCGCUACUAUGAAAAAGAUGGGAGACUUUUCUGCAAGAAGCACUACUGGGCACGCUUUGGUGGCAUGUGCCAGGGCUGUUCUGAGCACAUUACCAAAGGGCUGGUUAUGGUAGCCGGAGAGCACAAGUAUCACCCAGAAUGCUUCAUGUGUGCACGCUGUGCCGCUUUCAUUGGUGAUGGAGAAACAUACGCUCUGGUGGAGAGGUCCAAGUUAUACUGUGGGCCAUGCUUCUAUCAGAUCUCUCUGACUCCAGUGAUUGACUCCCCGGUCUCUCGAUCGCCUCACACAGUGACUCUGGUCUCUCUACCUGCAUCAGAUGGCAAACGUGGUCUCUCUGUUUCCAUCACUCCGUCAUGUGCGGAGCACUCUCACACUGUGCGAGUCCGCGAGGUAUCCACUGAUUGCCUCAGCCCCGAUAUUCAAGGCUCAAUUCAUGUAGGAGAUCGAAUACUGGAGAUCAAUGGCACCCCUAUCCGCAGUGUUCCCCUUGAUGAGAUUGAUCUCUUAAUACAGGAGACCAGCCGAAUUCUGCAGCUGACUAUCGAACAUGACCCUCAUGAAAACUCCACUAUACCCACGCCAUGCACAGAGACUGCGAUUAGACGCCAGAGGCCUGUGACGCGCAGCUGCAGCAUAGACCGAUCGCCUGGAUCCAGCUGUGUGGGAUCCCCCUCAUGCUCUAGAAGAGAUAUGUGCCGCUCUGAAUCUGUCCGCGGUGUUACUGGGUCACAUCGCAUAUUCAGGCCCUCAGACCUCAUCCCUGGGGAGGUGCUGGGAAGGGGCUGCUUCGGGCAGGCAAUCAAGGUUACGCAUCGUCAGACAGGUGAAGUGAUGGUGAUGAAGGAGUUAAUACGAUUUGAUGAGGAAACUCAGAUAACCUUUUUAAAAGAGGUGAAGGUGAUGCGUUGCCUGGAGCACCCCAAUGUGCUGAAGUUUAUAGGGGUGCUGUACAAGGACAAGAGACUGAACUUCAUCGCAGAAUACAUCUCAGGAGGCACCCUGCGCAGGGUGAUAAAGGGAAUGGAUGCUGACUGUCCCUGGAAUCAGAGAGUCAGCUAUGCCAGAGACAUAGCAGCUGGAAUGACCUACCUCCAUUCUAUGAAUAUAAUCCACCGGGACCUGAAUACUCACAACUGUCUUAUACGAGAGGAUGGCAGUCUGGUGGUGGCAGAUUUUGGGUUGGCACGAUUGGUAACAGACGAGUCUCGGGAUCUGCGGAAGGACAGGAGGAAACGUUAUACUGUGGUGGGGAACCCAUACUGGAUGGCACCUGAAAUGAUAAAUGGGAGAAUCUAUGAUGAGUCAGUGGAUGUGUUCUCCUUUGGAAUUGUGCAGUGUGAGAUAAUUGGCCGUGUGAGCGCAGACCCCGAUUACCUCCCUCGCACCACGGAUUUUGGGCUGAAUGUACGUGCCUUCUUGGAUCGAUUUUGCCCCCCAGAUUGCCCACCAGGGUUUUUUCCCAGUGCAGUAUUAUGCUGUGACUUGGAACCGGAGAAGCGGCCAAGCUUCUCCCAGCUGCAGCUCUGGUUGGAUUCACUCCUCAGGCAUUUGAACCUGCAGCUCCCCCUUAGCUCACAUAUUGAGCAGCUGGAACGAAACUUUUGGGAGACGUACAGAAGAGGAGACAGCGCCCUGUGCGUGCAUCCUGAAAUCCCAGAAUAACAUCACCUCAACAAGAGAGACCCCAGUUUAUGUGUGUUUGUGGCAAGCUCAUACUGCUUACCUUGCACGGAUUAGGGAUCAAAUCCCUACAUCCAUGUUUUACGAAGGGGACCUGCUGUACCAGAGCUUACUGCAGGGGAUUGUGUGCAUUGAGGGGAAUCCAAAGAUACACUGUUGUAGAUCCAUCGGGUGCCUAUGUUGUUUAGUAAGCUUGUAAUGGUUCUUGAACUCUGAUUGAAUAUGAUAAACCAGGCUUUAUUAGCGUGGCAGUUUCCAGAACAGCCAGUAAUAAAUGUGUGGUCCAUAAAGGCGUCAUUACAUCACACCCUCCCUGCAUGACGCCCCUUUUCUCAACCUUCUUGUGCAUCAGAGCAUAACGCACCUUGUGUAAAUACCUGUAUGUAUAUUUAGACUGUGCAUAGCUUUCUGUACAUACAUUCCCAAUGUCUGUGACUUUAGCCUGUCAUCCUUGAUCACUUUGUUCUUAUUGCCAAGAAAGGUCUACUGCUUUGCGCUAUCUGCCCGACAGAUUUUGGGUCUCAGGGUAAUUCUGUAACAGGGGCCACAAUGCACCUGGGCAGGGAACAGACUGUGAAGUAGACUUCUGUCUUACACAAAAAAUGACACCCUAUGAUUUAUAUUUCAUUUGAUUCGUCUACACACUCGGCACUUAUAGACGGAUCAUCAGCUUUUAAAACCACCAGCAUUCAAAUGUCUAUACACCUUUACUGUUAACAUGCAUCCUAAAGUGCAACACCUAUAGGGGACUAUAUACUGUAUACCCCUGUAGAUUACUUAGGUAUUGGUCCAUCUAUGUUUAUUCUCGUGUAGGUUAAAAAAAAAAAACUGUCUUUCUGACACGAUAAUGUAUCUAAAUUUGGGCUCUGCGUCUGAAAGCCAGUAUGAUACAUACAACCUAUAUAAUUAGCGUGUGGCUGGGACGCAGGAUGGAAAAGCUGGAAGGGAAUGGUCCCUCCAUUUUUUCACCCUUUAGGGGUCAUUCCGAGUUGUUCACUCGUUAUUUUUUUUCGCUACGGAGCGAUUAGUCACAAACUGCGCAUGCGCAAUGUUCGCAGUGCGCCUGCGCCAAGUAAAUUAGUACAAAAGUCUGGUAUUUUACUCACGGCAUAACGAGGAUUUUUCAUCGUUCUGGUGAUCGGAGUGUGAUUGACAGGAAGUGGGUGUUUCUGGGCGGAAACUGGCCGUUUUCUGGGAGUGUGCGGAAAAACGCUGGCGUUUCUGGGAAAAACGCGGGAGUAUCUGGGCGAACGCUGGGUGUGUUUGUGACGUCAAACCAGGAACGAAACUGACUGAACUGAUCGCAGUGUAGGAGUAAGUCUCGAGCUACUCAGAAACUGCUAAGAAUUUUCUAUUCGCAAUUCUGCUAAUCUUUCGUUCGCAAUUCUGCUAAGCUAAUAUUCGCUCCCAGAGGGCGGCGGCUUAGCGUGUGCAAUGCUGCUAAAAUCUGCUAGCGAGCGAACAACUCGGAAUGAGGGCCUAUGUGCUUGCACUUCAUGGACAUUUCCAUUUUUCUUCCGACAUCAUCACAUCUGCAUUAUCCUCUGUGCUGCAGUUUUGCACAUUUCAAAUAGUCCACAUUUUUGCCUUAUAUUAUGAAUGAGAAAAAUAUUUUGUAGAUAGUACAUACACACAUAAAAGCAUUUGUUUGUUGCGUUUUUGCUAAUUAGUUUCUGUAAAUGUUCCAUCUCCUAAUCCCGAUUUUAGAUGAUCAGACAUGUCCAUUCCAUAUAAUAUUGAAUGUAGGUUUGCGGAAUCUAAAAUUAAGAUUUUGGAACCCAUGCUCCUAAUGUACUCAAGAGGGCAGUAAUGUACCAUUGUCUGUCUUCCUACUGUAAACAUGCCGUCUGUAAUCACUCAGUCUCACACAAGGAGAUCUGAACACAAUCACACAUUUGUACCGGACAAUCACAGGUAAUAGCCAUUUAGUACUUAUCUCUGGAACAAUCAAUGAUUAAUCACUGGUUACUAAUGCCAUAUUGAAAUUUGUAGCUAGACAGGAUCAGUGUAACACAUUACAGUACAAAAUCACAAUCGCUACAAUUCUCUGGUCUAUAAGAAACACACUGCUCACCGCAGACUAACGGCUGUUACCGGACAACUGCAACAUAAUAAAAGCUGACUUACCGGCCAUAAUUGUGACGCAGAUGUCCAUUCACUUUUGUUAAGAUUAUAUAAUGUUAUAUCAAGUACAUUACUCUUAUUGAAUAUACUAAUUGACACUAGGUUGCUUUUGGCACAUUACAUUUAUUAACAGCCAGUGUGAAUUGUGGAUGUACAUCACAAAGUGUACUGCAAAAAAAGACCUCACACAUUACAUGCAUGUCCAGCAUUACUUUGUUUGGUUGACAUGUGUCACCCUAAGGGGGAGAUGUAUCAAGCCUUGGAGAGAGAUAAAGUGCCAAUUUCAAGCACGGCCAGUAAAAUGACAGAAACUGAUUGGCUAGUACAUUAUCUGUCUCCAAGGCUAGAUCAUACCUCCCAACAUGACCCUCUCCAGGAGGGACAGAAUCUCUGCUCUUGGACUUCCCUCUUAAUUUAUGAUUGCCAUCACCUGUGCCAAAACACCUUUCUUAUCCAUUAACCUGUUCAACACAGGUGCAUACAAUCAUACAUUAAGAAAAAAGUCCAGAAGCAGAGCAUUCUGUCCCUCCUGGAGAGGGUCCUGUUGGGAGGUAUGGCUAGAUACCUCUCCCCCUAUGAGCUUUUCCUGAUGGGCAGUUAAAUGAACAUAUUGUAAAGCAAGUCUAAAAUGUAAUUGAAUUGGGCCUGUAGAGAGCCUAAAACUUGUUUGUGGUUCAGUCAUGAUUUGAGGGUUCGAGCUUCGACCUACAUUUCCAAAUGCAACUGAAUUUAACCUAAAACCAAUUUAAAAUGGUAAUUGGACGUUGAACGUGUUCAUGUUCCACAAAUGUCUUUUACAGUUGUUGACCAUAAUCAUAAUGAUGGUUGAAGCCCUCUACAUAGUGAUAUUGUAACACUGCACCACAGUGGAGACCUCACAUGUAUUGCCCUUGCAUUCACCAUAGUGAUCAAUAGAUUAAUGUAUAGAGAGUAACGUGCUGCACUCAAAUCCAGGUUUAAUGUAGUUUAUGCAAUGUAAAUCCAGAGCCUGCAAGUACUUACCCUAAUGCUCAUUUUACACUUCAUCACAUAUUCAGAUACUGCUCUUUCAUCAUACAUAGGGGCAAAUGUGCUAAACCUUGGAGAGUGACAAAGUGUAGACUAGAGAGAUAAAGUAUCAGCCAAUCAACUCCUGUCAUUUUUCAAACAGUCUGUAAGAUGGCAGGAGAUGAUUGGCCGGUACUUUUAUCUCUCUCAAGUUUAUUACUCUCCAUCUCCAAGGCUUAGUAUAUCUGCCCCUCAGACUAUUACACAGGCCUUUCUGUAAAUACUGAGCCCUUCGUCCUAAUUACUCACCUCUGUUCUAGCACAAGUAUGCUUAAAGUGCACCAUAUACGCACAGUGGAGACAGCAAGUUUGUGGCUUAAACUGAUGAUCCUAGUCAAUUCACCUGAUCGCCAUGAAUAUGGCUGGCAGCUAAUGUCAGUGAUUCGGUGCUUUCUCAUUGCUCCAGCCCAUAAGAUGGCCAUCUCCAUUUUGUGCAGGUUAAACAUCACUUUCAGUCGCUUGUCAAAGGUUACUUAGGAAUUCUUUUGGCAUCUACACAAUCGGGCAACAAGAUGGAAAGAGCUUGGAAAUCCAAACUACCUGUGUAGCUAAUAGUUGGAUGUAGAAAGAUGAAUUUGCACUUUUCUUUUUGUACUGUAUGUUGUCGCUCUCGGAAAUCACACUGGUUUCGUAAGACAUUAAAUGUGUUCAUUUCUCACCUUGUUAUUGUUCUGUUUAACUUUGCUGCAAAACAGAUUGAUCUUAAUACAUGAAGUUGUCCCA